AUGACCUCCCAGCGAUGGAUGCUGGCAUUCUGCUUUUCACUGGCCUCAGUUUUAGACACAGGAGAGUCAGUCACAACAACAGAAAUUCAGAAAUACACUUGCAGGACAUUUGGCAGCGGGGUCAUCCAGCCCUUCAACGGUUCAAGUUUCUAUGUUCGGUCCAACUGCCCGUUCACCCUCACCCGCUUCACACACAACCGGGUGGAAUGUGAUAUCACCUUACGGCGAGGUGACAACGGGCUGCUGGACCAAGUCGAGAUCAUCAUCAACAAAGUCAAGACUGUUGUGCAGAGUGGAAGCAUCAUGGUGGAGAAGAAAAGUGUUUCCCUUCCAUAUGACCACACCUACCAGCAUAUCUUUCAGUACGGCAUCUACACCAGACUGAGGAGCUCGCUGCUUCCACUGUCUGUCACCUGGCACAGUGUCCCCUGGGGAAUAGACACUGUGUGGGUGGAGGUGGAGCAGGAGCUGAGCACUGGCAUGACCGGACUGUGUGGAAAACAGAACUUCCCAGGCAACAAGCAGCAGCUGAUUGAGGAGAGCGUGCUCGCCAAGGACACAUGUCAAAUCCGAGAUCCUGUUUCUGCUGUGAAUACAGAAUGCAGAAUGUUCUUUUCCUACACUUUGGAUUGUUUGCAAGCCAUGACGCCUCAUUAUAUCCAACUCUGUGAAGAGAACAUUUACAGCUACGAAAUGAGCAAAGACAUCAGCUGUGCUUUCUUCAAAGAGGUUGCCCAGCACUGUGGGAACAACAGCUAUGUCUGGAGGAUAUGGAGAGAUGUAACCACAUGUGUGAAGCCAAGUUGUCCAGGAGACCUGGUUUAUGUAGAACAGGGCGCAGCCUUUGCUCCCAGCUGCUCCAGCCAAAACCUCACAUUCUCCAACCAGGAACUCACUAGCUCCUGUGUCUGCCCAAAGAGUACGGUGCUUAAUGAUCAUGCGGAUGGCUUCCACUGUGUGAGUGUGUCCAGCUGCUCCUGUGUAUUUGCUGGCCAGACCUACUCAACUGGAGACAUUCGCAGCACCAAAUGUCAGUCAUGUGUGUGUGACAGUGGGAAAUGGCAAUGCUCUGAAAACUCCUGCCCACCCACAUGUCUCAUUGAAGGGCAGUUUGUAACAACAUUUGACGGCAAACAAUAUGCCGUCCCUGCCAAAUGCACAUAUUUGGCUUCUCUGGGUCUCAACUGGAUGAUAAUAAUCAAGUUUUCUGCAGAGGCACCCUUCCUGGAAAAAGUUUAUCUUGUACUUUUUCAGGAAAUAUAUGUAUUCACAGACAACAAGGUGAUGUUCCAUGGGGGGGAGAUCACUCAACUUCAUGAGUCUGAACAUGCUUUGGUUUUCUGGCAGUCCUCCAUGUACGUCCACGUCCACACAUCCUUUGGUAUGAAGAUGGAGGUCCAGAUGUUUCCUGAAAUCCAGCUGUACAUCAACCCACCCACAAACCACUCAGGCCUGAUCUCAGGUCUUUGUGGCAACAACAACAAUGACACUACAGACGACUACACCACCAGCAGCGGGAUCAUCGAGAACUCAGCUCAGCCUUUUGCUCAGUCCUGGAGUUCCGGUGCUUGUACGGGGAACAUGCCCAUCUGCAUUAACACUGACAAUGAAAUAUUUGCUGAUGAAAAGUGCUCCGUGUUGAACGACCCAGCUGGGAUAUUUGCUAAGUGCCACGGUCAUAUCCCAAGCGAUCACUACCACAUGGCUUGCAUCCUAAUAACUUGUAACUGUGUCAGCAGUCUGCAGCAGUGCCUGUGUGUUGCUCUGGGCAACUAUGCCAAAGCCUGUGCCAGUCUGGGUGUUGUAAUUGGUGACUGGAGGGCAGCCACCAACUGCACUUUGACAUGCCAGAAGAACCUUGAAUUCUCCUACAACAUGCAAGCCUGCAACCACACAUGCCGCUCCCUGUCUGGUCCUGACCCUCGCUGCGGGCUGGAUGAUGCUCCUGUGGAGGGCUGUGGCUGUCCAGAGGGAACUCACCUGAACCAAGGACGCACCUGUACCCCAAAAGCAGAGUGCCCUUGCCACUAUUAUGGCGGUACAACGCCCCCGGGUACUGUUGCUAUUGACGGACGAAGGUGCAUCUGUGAGAAUGGAGAGCUACAGUGUUCUGAAGAUUGUGGAUGCAGAAAUGGGAAGGUUUGUGUUCACUGCUCCGAGUACCCUGUUAGCACAUCUCAGAAAACCUGUGACAGCCUCAGCAAACCAAUGAGUGCAAGUAUGACCUGCAAGAGUGGCUGUUACUGCCCACAUGACCAGUACGAGGAUCACCGUGGCAACUGUGUUUCUCUGGACAACUGCACCUGUGUGUACAGCGGCAAAGUGUUCAGUGCAGGACAGCACGUCAAAACCAACUGUAAAACAUGUAUCUGUGGUCAGGGUCAGUGGCACUGCAGAGACGAGCCCUGCCCCGGGAAGUGUCAAGUUUACGGAAACGGACACUACCAGACCUUUGACUCCAAGUGGUACCGCUUUGAUGGACAGUGUCAGUACAUUCUUGUAGAGGAUGACUGUGGAAAGGGAAACGGCACCUUCUCUGUGAGAGUGGAGAGUGUGCCCUGCUGUGAUGAGGCGCUCACCUGCUCUCGCUCCAUCAUCCUCGACCUGCAGGGCGAGGUCACCCUGACGCUGAGUGACAUGAAGGUGACCAGACGUUACCAUGGCGGCUGGACUCUGCAGGAAGGUUCACUUUACUCCACACACACCGUGGGACUCUACAUCAUAAUCUCAGUACCAAGCAGAGGGAUAACUCUCAUCUGGGACAAACACACCCGCAUCACUAUAGAGCUGCAUGAAUACUGGAGGAACCGUGUGUGCGGCCUCUGUGGUAAUUUUGACUCCAAUGAGAUGAAUGACCUUCAGAUAAGUGGCUCAGCAGCCAACUCACACGAGGAACUGGUCUUGCUCGGUCUUGGUCUUUCACUGGAUAAAAAACAUCAGGUGGAUCCAGAUCCCUACUAUCAGGCCUGUGUGCAGGAGUCCUGCUCCUGUCAGUUUGAAGGGAAGUUCCUGGGCUUCUGCACAGCUGUUGCAGCCUACGCAGAGGCCUGCAGCGACAAGGAUGUGUGUGUAAAAUGGAGAACACCUGAUUUGUGUCCGGUCUACUGUGACUACUACAAUGAGCAAGGCCAGUGUAGCUGGCACUAUGAAGCCUGUGGUGAGAUGCUAACCUGCGGCAAAGACACCAGCACUCACAAGCUGGAAGGCUGCUACCCCAGAUGUUCAGAGGAGACGCCAUACUAUGAUGAAAAUACUGGUGAAUGCACCAAAUUGAGAAACUGCACCUGUUAUUUUAAUGACACUGUCAUUCAGCCUGGAGCAGUGGUGAUGAUACAGUCUAUUAAGUGCCACUGUGAAAAUGGAACAGUGAACUGUACACCUCCAGAACCUCCAGCCACCACUACACGUGCCACCACUCCUACAUCAAGCACUCCCACCACAACUGCCUCAACUACCACUGAAACAACUGUGCUUUACAACACCACUACACCACCAACUACAACUGCCUCAACUACAGCUGAAACAACUGUGCUUUACACCAACUCUACACCAACAGCUACAACUGCCUCAACCACCACUGAAACAACUGUGCUUUACACCACCUCUGCACCAACAACUGGCUUAACUACAGCCGAAACAUUGUCAGCAACGCCCCCCUCCACUCCUACAUCAACAGCUACAAAUGCCUCAACUACCACUGAAACAACUGUGCUUUAUACCACCACAACACCAACAACUACAACUGCCUCAACUACAGCUGAAACAACUGUGCUUUACACCAACUCUACACCAACAACAGCUGGCUUAAUUACAGCUGAAACAUUGUCAACAACACCCCCCUCCACUUCUACACCAACAGCUACAAAUGCCUCAACUACAGCUGAAACAACUGUGCUUUACACUACCUCUACACCAAUGACUACAGCUGCCUCAUCUACCACGGAAACAACUGUGCUUUACACCAACUCUACACCAACGACUACAAAUGCCUCAACUACAGCUGAAACUACUGUACUUUACACCAACUCUACACCAACAACAACUGGCUUAACUACAGCUGAAACAUUGUCAACAAUGCCCCCCUCCACUUCUACACCAACAACUUCAACUACCGCUGUAACCUCAGAAACCCUUACAGAAGUGACUAACGCAACAGAAAUCACCACCAGCUCACCCAUCACAUCAUCUACAACUAGAAUGAGCACCACUCCUUCGAUGUCAACUGCUGCCUCAACAGAGCUUACAAUGAUAACAAAUAGCACAACACCUCACUCAACAACCACUUUUGUAACCAAUGCUACAUCUGCUGAAACCUCAGGUCCGACUGAAGUAACUAUCACAGAAGCUCCCACUGAAACAUUUACCUCUUCUACGCACUCAACCACUCAGCAUACUGCUACCUCCCCAGAAACAGCAACGUCUCAUGAAGUGACAACUAAAUCUACGACGAUGCCACCAACAGCAAAGACCACAGAGGUUUCCACAAGUGAAGGAUUCACCAAUGCAACAUUUACCACUGAACUGACAACCGCUGAGGAAUCAGGCACCACAAUGACGACAGAAAAAACAUAUCACACUUACCACGCAGUAGUCACUGGCACAAUAGCGACAUCAGCAACUGUAACACGUAAACAGGACACGGAAUCAAGCUCCACAACUGAGGUGUGUAAGUGUACAGACCGUAUGAAGAAACAAAGCUGGGACUGCGGUGAGACGUGGAUGGAGGACUGCUUCCAUAAGAACUGUAUAGGGGGGAAGAUAGAGUUGACUCCAGUGGCUUGUCCAGAGCCUGCGAUUCCCAAUUGCCCCAGAAACCAGGUCACGAAAGUCUCAGACGGAUGCUGUGAAAGAUGGGAGUGUGACUGUCGCUGUGAUCUAUAUGGGGACCCCCAUUACAUCUCUUUCCAAGGUGUACCCUUUGAUUUCCUUGAUGAUUGCACCUACAUCCUGGUGGAGGAGAGGGCUCCACGUCAUCAUCUGAAAAUUGCUGUGGACAAUUUUUUCUGUGUGCCGGGCCUUGAAGGCUCCUGUGCUAAAGGCAUCAUCCUGAAAUAUCAGGACAGUAUAGCUACACUCAGCCUCAUUCCACAUUUGUAUACAGUACAGGCCACUCUGAACAAUGUGACCAUUGAGCCGCCAUAUGAGGAACAUGGGUGGACAUUCGAGACCACGGGGUACAUAGUGUCAAUCUACCUCCCGGAGAUCCGCUCUUAUGUCUCCCUAAGUCCGUCUUAUACCCUGGUGGUCAGUCUGGCUAUGGAGCACUUCCACAACAACACCCAGGGACAAUGUGGUGUAUGCGGUGUUGGGUCAUGUAUCCGUAAAGGAGGGCAGAUGGAGGAUGACAGCUGCUGUGAUAAGACAGCCUAUGACUGGGUGUACGCCAACCCACUGAAGCCUGCCUGUGCUUCUGUACCAAGGAACGUACCUUGUUACUCACCCACUACAGUACCCCCUAACACACCCACUUCCACCCCCUGCCCUGCGAGUGCACUAUGCGAGCUGCUACACCACCCAGUGUUUGCAAAUUGCAGCGUGAACCUGAACCUUACAAAGAGGAACUGUGAGUUUGAUUCAUGCAGGAAUGGUCCUUGCUCCUCACUAGAGCAAGCUGCUGAGGAAUGCAUGAAGGCUGGUGUCUGUAUUGACUGGAGAGGACUGACCAAUGGAAGCUGUACUGUGACAUGUCCAGAAGGAUUGGUUUACAGAGAAUGUCAUGACAAGGUGGAUGACGUCUGUUGUGGAGGAAUACCUCAUCAAGGGGCCUCGCUGGAGAACCGCAGGCCAGGCUGUUAUUGUCCCAGCGGCCACUACAGGGCAGGAAAUCACUCACACAUCUGUGUGUCUGACUGUUCCUAUUGUAAAGGACCACGUGGUGAGCCCAGACUGCCUGGUGAGGUGUGGCAGUCUGGCUGUGACCUGUGUACAUGUAACAACCAGACUCGCACAGAGGUGUGUGUUCCAAAACCUCCUAAUCCAGCGCCUCUCUGUGGCCCCAGUGCUGUUCUGGUAAACACUUCCUGCUGUGGUGAUCAGAUUUGUGUUGAGAAGACAUGCAGUUAUCAUAACAAAACAUACAGGGUGGGAGACAGAUGGAAGGAUGCCGCCCAUCCCUGCAUGACAUAUACCUGCAGCAAAGAGGGUAUUCAGACUGAGACUAGAGUCUGUCCCACACAAGACUGUCCAGAGGAGGACAGAAUUUGGGACAACCAACACUGCUGCUUUUCAUGUAACCAGAGCUGUGCACCAAGGCUAACCGGUAUCAAGUUUACCAUAGAGAACUGUACCACAGUCAUGCAGAUGCCUGUGUGUGAGGGUCAAUGUGUGUCUCAGCCCAGGGUGGUGUUACACGGUGACCUGCAGGUGGAGCAGAAGAGCAGAUGCUGUGCGGAGCGGAGCUCAGAGAGGAGACCGGUGACCCUGCUGUGCUUUGACCUCACCACCAGACACUACUUCUACAAGCAUAUCACCAGCUGUCACUGCACAACCUACAGGCAGGACUGGUUAAUUGUGGAUUAAAUGUAUGUGUAAUCAGAUUACAAAAAAAGUAAAUAUGAUCAUUCUGGAUUACAUUUGGAAAAAAGUGUAAUUAGACUAUAAUUACAUUGUCAAAGAUUACUUGAUUCUAUAUUUGAUAGUAUCUUUAUAAUAUGGCAACUUUAAAAUGAUGAAACUUUUUUCCUUGAUAAUCAGUCCUCUAUACAGCCUUCAAUUAAAAACAGCAGAAACAAACACGCACACAGAAGAAACAGCACCCACGUGUUGCAGAAUACUAAAAGUACAUCUGUAGUUCGUGACAGUACUGUUUCUGUAAGAGUAAUCUGAUUUGACAGCACAGACUGGAGCUAAGAUUUAAUCAUUUUGAAUGUAUCCUUUAGAUUUCCAGCAAAUGUAAUGAUUACUAACUGAAAAUCCCUCCCAUUCAACAUCUUUCUGGUCCUUAUUUAAAGUAAAUAUGUAAUCUCUUUUCUAUCAAACUGAAUAAAAAACAGUUAAUAAAUAAAUAAACUGAGUCAUUUAGUAA